AUGGCUCUGGGUGCCAGGAGUGAGGAGCAUGAGCUGGAGGAGGCCCUGCAGGAGCUGAGAGAAGCCCAGGGCCUGGAGGGGGCACCUCGGUUCCGGGCCGAGGAGGGCCAGGAGUCAGCCCCAUCCUCCAUUUCGACCUUGUCGGCCUCUGCCUCUGUUGCCCUGUACUCAAGGCCCUUAGAGGAGGCGAACGCCACUGCGAGACCAAGUCCACCCCAGAGCCCUCCUCAGGCACAGCCCUUGCCCCAGGCCAUGCCAGCACCCCUGGGGAACCAGUCCCCUGCCAAUCACUCCUGCAGCCAGGGGGACGAGGCCCCAGGGGACACCACGGUCUCGCUCCAAGAUGUGCUGCGCAGGAAGAAGAUCCAACUGGUGGCCUUCCUGCUCCACAAGUACCGCAGCAAGGAGCCGACCACGAAGGCAGAGAUGCUGGAGCUGGUCGCCCAGGAUCACGAAGACCACUUCCCUGACAUCCUCAGCCGUGCCACCUGGUGCUUGCAGCUGACCUUCAGCAUUGACAUAAAGGAAGUAGAUCCCAACAGCCACUCCUAUGUCCUGGUCCCCACCCUGGGCCUCACCUGGGAUGGGGUGACUGAAGAGCAGCACCUCCCCAAGAUUGGCCUCCUGGCGCUGCUCCUGGGCGUGAUUGUCCUGUGGGGAGGCCAGGCCCCUGAGGAGGAAGUGUGGGGAGUGCUGAGUGUUGUGGGCGUGUGUCCUGGGAGGGAGCACUUCAUCUAUGGGGAGCCCAGGGAUCUCAUCACCAGGGUCUGGGUGCAGGAGCAGUACCUGGAGUACCAGCAGGUGCCCGACAGUGAUCCCGCUUGCUGUGAGCUGCUCUGGGGCCCCAGGGCCCACGCAGAGGCCAGCAAGGUGCAGGUCCUGCUGUUUUUGCUCAGGCUGUUUAGCAGGGCUGCAGGCUCUUUCCUGUCCCCAUCCAAGGAGGCUAGAAGCAAUGAGGAACAGGGGUCCUGA